CACCAUGCUGACGGCAGGGUGCCGCGGUCCUAUCUUGCUGUGCCUGCGGCAGGGGCUCGGAACCAAUUCAUUCCUGAGCGGCCUGGGGCAGGAGCCCUACGAGGGACCUCGGUCACUGUGUUGCAGGUCCUCGCCUAGAGACCUGCGAGAUGGAGGAAGAGAGCACGAGGCGGCACAAAGGAAAGCCCCAGGAGCAGAGUCUUGCCCAUCUCUCCCUCUGAGCAUCUCUGACAUUGGGACUGGAUGUCUUUCGUCAGUGGAAAACCUCAGACUGCCGCGGGAAGAGUCAUCCCUUCGAGAGCGCGAGGACUCGAGCGGAGACCAGGGCCGGUGCUGUCCCACACACCAGGGAUCCGAGGAUCCUUCGAUGCUCUCGCAGGCCCAGUCCGCUACCGAGGUCGAAGAGCGUCACGUCUCCCCUUCUUGUUCAACUUCCAGAGAGAGACCCUUUCAGGCUGGGGAACUGAUUUUAGCUGAGACUGGGGAGGGAGAAACAAAAUUUAAGAAAUUAUUUAGGUUGCACAACGUCGGACUCUUAAAUAGUAACUGGGGGGCAGUCCCGUUCGGCAAGAUCGUGGGUAAGUUCCCCGGCCAGAUACUGAGGAGUUCCUUCGGUAAGCAGUACAUACUGAGGAGGCCAGCAUUGGAAGACUAUGUAGUAUUGAUGAAAAGAGGGACUGCCAUAACAUUCCCAAAGGAUAUUAAUAUGAUUCUCUCAAUGAUGGAUAUCAACCCAGGUGAUACUGUUUUGGAAGCUGGCUCAGGCUCUGGUGGAAUGAGCUUAUUUUUAUCCAAAGCAGUUGGAUCACAAGGACGAGUCAUAAGUUUUGAGGUACGAAAAGACCACCAUGAUCUGGCUAAGAAGAAUUACAAACACUGGCGUGAUUCAUGGAAAUUAAGCCAUGUAGAAGAGUGGCCAGACAAUGUGGAUUUUAUUCAUAAGGACAUUUCAGGAGCAACCGAAGACAUAAAAUCUUUAACAUUUGACGCAAUGGAGUCUUGCUUUUUCGCCCAGGCUGGAGUACAGUGGUAUGAUCUCGGCUCACUGCAACCUCCGCCUCCCGGGUUCAAGCGAUUCUCCUGCCUCAGCCUCCUGAGUAGCUGGGAUUACAGGUACCCGCCACCACGGCUGGCUAGUUUUUAUGUUUUUAGUAGAGAUGGGGUUUCACCAUGUUGCCCAGGCUGUUCUGGAACUCCAGGGCGAUCCACCCGCUUUGGCCUCCCAAAGUGCUGGGAUUACAGGCAUGAGCCGCCGCACCUGGCCCGGAGCUUUUCAUUCAAAGACUUCUGGUGUCCAGAAUCUGAUCUAAACCUUCCUUUCUCUAGUCCUUUAUGUAACCUGACUCCAUACAUGCCAACCAAAAUGAUGCUAAAUGAAUCAAAAAGGUGUUAAACCAUUAAAAAAAUAGAAAAAAGAGAGAGCAUGACUAAUAAAAGAGACAAAUUUUGGAAACAGCUUAACCAUCAAAAGAGAAUGGACACAAUGGAAUACUAACAAUAAAUGUACUCUAGCUACAUCAAUAAAUCUGAAAGACUUGGUGUUUGGUGGAAAAAGCAUUAUAAGAGAAUAUGUGAAAUGACCACCUACAUGUAAAAUUUAAAACUACACAACAUGUAUUGUUUGUAGCUAUAUACGUAUGUUGUAGAAGUAUAAAAUUUGGGAAUGUUACCAACUUCAGGAUAAUGACUGUUUCUGAGGAGAGAAAAGGAAGGGAAAGGAAUAGAGGGAAAUAAGUUUGGGGUCCAUUCAGAUUGGUCCACCGCCAGGCUCCAUAAUCACCAGUGUAACCUUGGGUAAGUCACUUAAUCUUUCCAUGCCUCAGUCACCUCAUGUAUUAAACAGGAAUGAUAAUAGUACCUAUUUCAUAGAGUUGUUGAGAAUUAAAUAAGAGAAUUCAUGUAAAGUACCUGGUACAUAGUAAGCACUGAAUAAAUGUUAGUUACGAUUUUCAUCAUUUUGAUUUUCUUCCUUUCCCCUUUUCUCUGCCUGUUUACUAACUCUAUUCUCCCUUCAAAGCUUAAAGGUCAUCUCCUGUGUGAAAUAUCCCUUCAUCAUCUAGCCAGAGGAUUGUUACCUUCCUCUGAAUUUCUGAACCACUUUGUUUCUGAAGUCAACAAGCAUUUAUUAAGAACCUGCCAUGUGCCAUGUGCUGUGCUAAGACAAAAAUUACACAUUCAAAAGAGCUUUCAAAAACAAAAAAUGGAUAAGAAAUAUUUAAAAAAUUUUUUAAAAUAGCUGUUGGCCAGGUAUGAUGGCUUAUGGCCAUAAUCCCAGCACUUUGGGAGGCUGAGAUGGUUGAAUCACUUGAGGUCAGGAGUUUGAGACCAGCCUGGCUAACAUGGUGAAACCCUGUCUCUACUAAAAGUAUAAAAAUUAGCUGGGUGUGGUGGUGUGCAUCUGUAGUCCCAGCUGCUUGGGAGGCUGAGGCAGGAGAAUCACUCGAACCUGGGAGGCAGAGGCUGCAGUGAGCUGAGAUUGCGCCACUGCACUCUAGCCUAGGUGACAGAGCAAGACUGUGUCUCAAAAAUUAAAUUAAAUUGGCCGGGCGCAGUGGUUCACGCCUGUAAUCCCACUACUUUGGGAGGCCGAGGAGGGCGGAUCAUGAGGUCAGGAGUUCGAGACCAGCCUAGCCAACAUGGUGAAACCCUGUCUCUACUAAAGAUAAAAAAAAACAGCUGGGUGUGGUGGCGCAUGCCUGUAAUCCCAGCUACUCGGGAGGCUGAGGCAAGAGAAUCUCUGGAAACCGGGAGGCGGAGGUUGCAGUGAGCUAAGAUUGCACCACUGCACUCCAACCUGGGCGACAGGACGAGACUCCAUCUCAAAAAAAAAAAAAAAAAAAAUUAAAUAAGAUAAAAUGAAAUAGACAUAUAAGCAAUUACUAAAAAGACUCAGAAGUAUAAAACACCAUGGCUAUAGAACUCGGUAUGAGGAGAUGAGGCUGUAAAUGCAGUCAUGAGGGGCUAGAUAAUAAAGAAAGUUGUGUAUAUAUCAAGCUGGAUAGUAAGGACAUUAUCUUAUAAGUAGGAGAGUAGACUGUCUAGAUUUCCGUUUUAGAAUAAUUCUGGAGAAAGAAUGGAGGCUGGGAGUUUAUGCAGAAAGGUAUUAUAAUAUUUCAACAAGAUACGGUGAGGUGUUGACCUAAGUCAGUGUCGGUGGGAUUAAUUUGAGAAACACUGGAGGUAGAUUUGUGAGACUUUAAUUCAGAGUCUCAAAAGAGAAUUCAAGGUAAAGAAAAUGAUGGCUUCUUGAUUAGGCUUUGAAAAAAGAAAAUGAUGACUCUUAAGUUUCUGGUUUGAGUAACUGGAUAAAUGCUGUUAACUGAGAAUUGAGCAUUCAAGAGGAUUUGCAGUUUUUUGGGUUAUCUGACUUUGGUCCUUGUCAAUAAUAUAGUAAAACUACAGUCUGAGAACCCAUUUAUGUCAUCAUGUUGACCCUUGAUUGUCACUGAAAUCUUGACUUGGAUAUUUAUUUAUUUAUUUGAGAUGGAGUCUCACUCUGUUGCCCAGGCUGGAGUGCAAUGGCGUGAUCUCGGCUCAUUACAAUCUCUGCCUCCCAGGUUCAAGCAUUUCCCGUGUCUCAGCCUCCCUUGUAGCUGGGACUACAGGCACCCGCCUGUAGUAAUCCCAGCUAAUUUUUUUGUAUCUUUAGUAGAGACGGUUUCGCCAUGUUAACAGGCCAGGUUGGCUUCGAACUCCUCACCUCAGGUAAUCCACCCACCUCGGCCUCCCAAACUGCUUGGAUUACAGGUGUGAGCCACCAUGCCUGGCCUCGACUUGGAUAUUUAAUAGGCAUCUUAAAUACAUGUCCAAACCUGAAUUCUUAUUUCCCCCAAGCUUGCUCCUCCUAUAAUCUUCAUCAUUUUCCUCAUUAGUAAAUUACAUCUCCAUUCUUUCAGUGGCUUAGGCUAAAAACUUUGGAUUCAGUCUUCUUUUUCUCACAUCCUACAGCCAAUCCUAAUUCUAAUUGGCUCUGUCUUCAAAAUAUAUACCACUUCUUACCACACCCACUGCUCUUUGGUAUUAUAAGCCACUGUCAUCCUUCCUUGCAUUCUCAGUGUUUUCUGCAUGUAGAUUUCAAAAUGAGUCAGAGUAUACUUAAUGACAGUGAAUUGUACACUUAAAAUGGCAAUGUAUAUUUUACCACACACAAAAAUAGUUUUUUAAAAAAGUUCAGAUCAUGUAAUUCUUUAAAAUUCUUCGGUGGCUUCUCAAUUGAGUAAAGCCAAAGCCUGCAUGAUUCUAUGUAAUCUGUGUCUACCACCUUCGAUGUCGUCUCUUACCACUUCCCCCCUUUUAUCUCCACUGCAGUGACAGUGGCCUCAACAGACUCCCCAAGUAGCCUACUACCUCAGAGUGUUUGUAUUAAAUAUUUGCUGUUCCCUCCACCAGGAGCUCACUUCUCCCCUACAUUUCCAUGGGUUAAACUUAAUUUUAUUUUCUUCAGGUCUCUUCACUGACCAGCCUAUAUAUAAAAUGACACCUCCUUUCCCUGACCUGUCACUUUCUUUCCCUCUUUCUCUGCUUAUUUUGUUUGUUUUGAGAUAGGGUCUCAUCCUGUCACCCAGGCUGGAGUGCAGUGACACAGUCACAGCUCACUGCAGCCUUGAUUUCCCAAGCCCAAGUGAUCCUCCCUCCUCAGCCUCCCAAGGGGCUGGAACCACAGGAGCACGCCACCAUGCCUGGCAGUUUUUUUUCUUGAGACGGAGUCUCACUCUGUCACCCAGGCUGGAGUGCAGUGGUUUAAUCUUGGCUCACUGCAACAUCCGCCUCCGGGGUUCAAGUAAUUGUCCUGCCUCAGCCUUCCCAGUAGCUGGGACUAUAGGUGUGCACCACCACACCUGGCUAAUUUUUGUAUUUUUAGUAGAGACAGGGUUUUGCCACGUUGGCCAGGCUGGUCUCAAACUCCUGACCUCAGGUGAUCCCCCCGCCUCAGCCUCCCAAAGUGCUGGGAUUAUAGGCAUGAGCCACUGCCUCUGACCAACAACGUGAAUUUCUGUUGCCAAAGCUGAAAUAAAGCAUCUAAAUUUAUAAGUUUUGGCAAUAGAAAUUCACAUUGUCAGCCAGGUACAGUGGUUCACAUCUGUAAUCCCAGCAUUUUGGGAGGCCAAGGCGGGCAGAUCUCUUGAAUCCAGGAGUUCAAGACCAGCCUGGGCAACAUGGCAAAACCUGUAUCUACAUAAUAUACAAAAAAAUUAGCUGAGAAUGGUGGCGCCUGCCUGUAGUCUCAGCUACUUGGGAGGCUGAGGUGGGAGGGUUGCUUGAGUUCAGGAGGUGGAAGUUGCAGCGAGGUAACAUCGUGCCACUGUACUCCAGCCUGGUCAACACAGCAAGACCCUGUCUCAAAAAAAAAAAAAAGAAAUUCACAUUGUCUCAAAUGUUUAAAUUUUUUAUGUUGUAAUGGCGUGUUUUACACUUGGCAAUAUUGAUAAUACAGGCAUCCAGGAAUCUUCCUUUGGUUAUAUUCAUAUAUACAUA